CCCAGCCUGGUUCAACACGAAAUACAGCUACGAUGAGUUCAGGGCUAAAUGUGAGGACCGUCGAUGCACUUAGAUCCACGUUAACCCUCAGAUCUCUGCAACUUCACCAAGCCAUAAAACACGCACCUGUACUGUUGGACAUCCUUGCCAAGUCGCUCGAAACCUCUGAGCGCUCAAUGUGUUGGGCUUCAGUAACUGCUGGUGGCUUUCGAUUCCUUUGUUACUGCCGCGUUUCUCUUCCACCUGUCGCCACUGCUUCUUAUUUGUUGCAUCCGUUCACCGGCUUCCGUGCCCCAGGUGUCAUGGACCACGCCACCGGCACCAGGAGCUAUUCGUUCUCUGCUUCCUCUCAUUCCGGCAGAAGCAGGAGGGGAGGAAAGGGCUUGGAGAUCAAGGACAAUCGCGAGCGGUCUAGAGGCGGCGGGGGCGGCAAGGAUAAAAUUGAUGCUCUAGGAAGGCUAUUGACACGUGUUCUGCGACAUAUGACUUCUGAGUUGAACUUGAAUAUUAGAAGUGAUGGGUAUGUGAGGGUUCAAGAUCUAUUGAAGCUGAAUAUGAAAACAUUUGCCAAUAUUCCGCUAAGAGCUCAUACUGUUGAUGAUAUUAGGGAGGCUGUAAGAAAGGACAAUAAGCAGCGAUUUAGCCUGCUGGAAGACAAUGGUGAGCUUUUGAUACGCGCCAACCAAGGCCACACGAUAGUGACCGUGGAAACUGAAAGCUUAUUGAAGCCAAUCCUUUCAGCUGAAGAAAUUCCAGGUGAAGAUAGUUUCAAAUGCCACACAAUUCACUGGAGCUGAAGCUUCACUGUUUCAGAUUAUAUAUUUAUGUCAUGA